AUUCGCUCACUGGCCCUUUCAUUCCCUCAUUCCCUCAUUCCCUCUCUCCCUCCUCUCCAGCACUGGUUGCACCAGCUCCGACUUAAAGAGCUGCUUUUCUUUCUUGUUCAUUGGCUGAGAUUUACCCCAAAUAACCCUGCAAAGUCCAAGAAAUUACUCCCUAAGGAAGGUAUCCCAAAGUUUAAAGGUACUGGGAAUAUAGUGGUAGCAACAGCACUAGCAGCAGCUAUGACCAAGAGCAACGGGGAGAACCCGCAGGCCCGAAGCCGGGUCAGACAGAUCCGCGAUGGCCUCCAGUCCCGUUCCCUGAAGGCUAAGCAGAGGGUGGAGAGUGUCUCUAAGGAUGAUGUCAAAGGCUUCUUCUGCAGAAACGGAUUUGUGAUCUUCACUGUCGUUGCGGUCAUCAUUGGUGUAGGGCUGGGAUUUGCUCUGCGGCCGUACAAGAUGACCUACCGCGAGGUGAAGUAUUUCUCAUUUCCUGGAGAGCUGUUGAUGCGCAUGCUGCAGAUGCUGGUGCUUCCCCUGCUGGUGUCCAGUCUCAUCACAGGCAUGGCAGCAUUGGACAGCCGUGCCUCUGGGAGGAUGGGCAUGCGGGCCGUUGUGUAUUACAUGACCACCACGGUCAUCGCAGUCUUCAUCGGCAUCGUCAUGGUGCUCAUCAUCCACCCUGGGAAGGGCUCCAAGGAGGAAUUCAAAAAUCAGCAGAAGAUCGAACAGGUCAGCCCUGCUGACGCUUUCCUGGACCUCAUCAGAAACAUGUUCCCUCCAAACAUUGUGCAAGCUUGCACACAGCAGUUUAAAACGCAGUACGGUAAGAGAGUGGUCCAUGUGAAGAUGACAGUGAACGACACCCUCUUCGUCCUGAACGGGACCCAGGGCCAGUAUAUCAUGCGGGAGGAGGUGAUCCCCAUCCCGGGGCAGGUGAACGGGGUCAAUGCCCUGGGUCUGGUGGUGUUCUCCAUGUGCUUCGGUCUCAUCAUCGGCAACAUGAAGGAGCAGGGCAAGCCCCUCAGGGACUUCUUUGACUGUCUCAACGAGGCUAUCAUGAGACUGGUGGCCAUUAUCAUGUGGUAUGCACCCGUUGGUAUCCUGUUUCUCAUAGCUGGGAAGAUAGUGGAGAUGGAUGACAUCACAGAAAUGGGCAGCCAGUUGGGCAUGUACACUAUAACAGUCAUCACUGGCCUAUCUAUCCAUGCCUUCCUGGUGCUGCCUACACUCUACUUUGUGAUCACACGGAAGAAUCCCUUUGUGUUCAUCGGUGGAAUCCUACAGGCUCUCAUCACCGCAUUGGGGACCUCAUCUAGCUCAGCCACGCUGCCCAUCACCUUUAAGUGUCUGGAGGAGAACAACGGGGUGGAUAAGAGAGUGACGCGCUUCGUGCUGCCAGUGGGCGCCACCAUCAACAUGGAUGGCACCGCCUUGUAUGAAGCUCUCGCGGCUCUCUUCAUAGCCCAGGUCAACAACAUGGACAUGAACUUUGGACAGAUCCUCACUAUAAGCAUCACGGCCACUGCAGCUAGUAUCGGUGCAGCUGGGAUACCACAGGCUGGACUGGUCACCAUGGUGAUUGUGCUGACCUCUGUUGGACUGCCCACCGAUGACAUCAGCCUCAUCAUUGCAGUGGAUUGGUUCCUGGACAGGUUGCGUACCACCACUAAUGUAUUGGGAGACUCGAUCGGCGCAGGUAUUGUUGAGUAUCUGUCUCGUCAUGAGUUACAAUCCAAGGAUGCGGAGAUGGGGAACUCUGUGGUUGAGGAGAAAGACAAGAAAUCCUACCAGCUCAUCGCCCACGAGAACCAGUAUGAAAAUGAGAAACCUCCAGACAGUGAGACCAAGAUGUAGGACUACACUUUGAACACUCGAUAGUCCAGCAUGAACAACUCUGAGGAUAUAAAGGCUUUUUGUGUGUUCUGUAAUCUUUACAGACGUUAGUGAUACAUUUCAUAUUUGGUGUUUUUUAUCCCAUGGUAAUGGGAAGCAACCCAUAUCGAUCCUCUAAACACUUUUUUUUUUUUUACGAUAUUGUUUGUUUAGACCAAAAAGCUAAACCAAGAGUAUAUACAGUGUGUAUUUUAUUUGAUCAAGAGUUCUGCAGCUGUUCGUGCUGAUUAGAUUUCAUUGAAUAACUUCUGCAGCUGUUCGUGCUGAUUAGAUUUCAUUGAAUAACUUCUGCAGCUGUUCGUGCUGAUUAGAUUUCAUUGAAUAACUUCUGCAGCUGUUCGUGCUGAUUAGAUUUCAUUGAAUAACUUCUUGAUAUUAAUCUAAUCAAGAAGAUACAGUGGGGUCUGAAAUUAUUGACACCCUUGAUAAAAAUGAGCAAAAAUGACUGUAUCAAAUAAAUAGAGUGAUAUCGUAUGCAACAAAAAAAACGGAAAUUCUAUUUUUUUUUACUAAUAGAAUCGUGCGGGGAAAUAGAUUUUGUUUAACAAGUAAUGUAUUUUUUUUCUCCAAAAGGUAGGGGUCAAAAUGAUUGACACCCAUGUUU